AUGCCGCCGCGGAAGAUGCCGGCGAAGAAGCGCAAGGCGCAGGCGCAAGGAUCCCCCCCCGCGACGAAAGCGCCGCCGCUCGUCGGCGAGGACCACCCGCCGCGGAAGCGCGCGGGCGCGAAGGGCGCGAAGGGCGCGAAGGGCGGAUCCGAGGCGUCGAGACCGCCCAUCGCCGCCUUCGUCCACCGCAUCGUGGACGACGUCCCGGACGUCAAGCUCGUCACGUUCUUCCUCACGCCGAACUUUCACGUGCGACUCCGGUUCCGGCCCGGGCAGUGGGUCGAGAUCCACGUCCCGGGGGUGGCGAAGCCGGGGAGAUACUCCAUCGUAUCCUCGCCCGCGCUUUUGGAGGAGGAGGGCUACCUCGUCGUCGCGUGCGAGCGGUCCGCGACCAGCGAGGUCGCGCGCUGGAUCCACGACGUCGCGAAGGUGAGCGAUCACGUGCGGAUGGAGCUCGGCGGGAGCGCGGGCUUCUUCGCGUCGAGAGAGGACCUGAGGAGGCCGCUGCUGCUCGUCGCGGGAGGCGUGGGGAUAGCGCCGCUGUGCUCGAUGCUGAAUACGUGGAUGCACGAGCGGUUCGACGACGUCGAGAGAGAGGACGCGCUGAACACGCCGUUGCACCUCAUGGACGGCGGGGAGGGGUACGAAGCGCCGCGACGCGUGCGCGUGGUGCUGCUGUUCGCGGCGAAAGAGCUCGGCGCGCACGCGUUGGCGCGGUGGAUAUGGCCGCUGGUGGAGCGGGCGCGCGGCGCGAUUCGCGUCGCGUUUCAUCACUCGCGAGAGCCCGCGUCGAAUCACCCGUGCGCCACGCCGGAAGGGUUGAGGCACGCGUACGGGCCCGCGACGUUCGAGUACGGGAAGAAAGUCAUCGCGACGUACGACGAGCGCACCGGCGAGAAGCUCGAGGAGAAGCGCCGGAAGACGGAAGGCUUCGGCGCGUACGGCGACGGGAAAAAACACGUCCAACACGUGAGGGAUCGCGGCGACUGGCACGAGUACCUUGCGCGCGCCGUCGGUCUCCUGACGACGUCGCCGCACGUCCUGGACGAGAGAGCGUUCAGAGGCAAGGCGGACCUGAGCGACGAGGUGUCGAUCUUCAGGUCCCCGUGGUGCCUGUGGAAGUGGCGCCACCCGGAUGAAAAUCCCGGGGCGCCGCCGUUCGAGGAGCCGCUCGCGUUUCUGUGUGGUCCGCCCGCGAUGACGGACGAGAUAAAGUCGAUCCUCACGAUGAUCGACGAGUGCGAAGACGGCUACAUAGAGGACACCAUCGAGAUGAGAAAGGAGGACGUGCGGACGGAGCGGUGGCGGUGAUCGAUUGAUUCGAUUCGUUCGCGCGUGUACUGAGUAAGAACGCGUAGGCGCGCGUGUACA